AUGAAUCGACAACAACAGCAAGUUUCCCAGACUCAACAGAGUCAGAGUCAAAUGCAACAGAGUCAAACUCAGCACACCCAAAGGGUGACUCGGACAGAACAGCAUGUCACCCGGCAAGUUACCGGACAUAUAUCAGGUGGUCAAAUGACACAACAACAGAUCCAACAGAUACCAGGCUUUGGCCCUAACGCCCAACCACCCGUAUUCGAAAAGGUAUUCAGCAAUGCCCGAUUCGCGCAGGGAGGAACAGCGACGUUUGAAGGCCGAGUCACAGGCAAACCUCAACCCACCGUGACAUGGACAAGGAACGGGGCCCCUCUUCUUAGCUCACAGAAGCACCGAUUAAGCUACAACGAACAAACUGGUGACAUUGUCUUCCAGAUCAACCAAAUAGGACCUGGGGAUGAAGGAGAGUACGUGUGCAAUGCAAAGAACCAAUACGGAGCAGCUAUUUGCUCGGUAUAUAUUUCACCUGAGGGCAUGCAAAUACCGCAAAGACAAGCCUUUUCUAAAUUUGAUCAAACGACUAGUUAUUCUAAUGGUACCACAACCACUAUUACCGAAGACUUUAAAAUAGACACUUUUGAAUAUAGAAUUUUAAGAGAAGUUUCCUUUAGGGAAUCUAUUACGAGACGGUCCAAUUACGAACAAGACUCCCAAAUUUCUACUACAGUCGAACGAUCUUUGGGACCUCCAGCUCCACCUCAAUUUGCCCAAAAACCUCGAAAUUCCAAACUACUCGAGGGCUCUGAUGCUGUAUUUACAUCUAAACUAUCAGCUAAUCCUAGGCCUAGAAUUACAUGGUUUAAAAAUGGCCAAAGGAUUACAGAUUCUCAGAAAUAUGAAACAACUUUCUCUAAUAACCAAGCCUCGUUACGAGUUAAGCAAACUACUUCUGAUGAUUCUGGUCAUUACACUCUCCUUGCUGAAAAUCCUCAAGGUUGCGUAGUCUCAUCUGCGUAUUUAGCUAUAGAACCAGUAACCACUCAAGAGGGACUUAUUCACGAAUCCACGUUCAAGCACCAACAAACCGAAAUCGAACAAACGGAUUCAAACAAAACUUUAGCUCCCAAUUUUGUACGAGUAUGCAACGAUAGAGAUGUUACUGAAGGUAAAAUGACUCGUUUUGACUGCAGAGUCACUGGCAGGCCAUAUCCUGAAGUGACAUGGUAUAUUAAUGGAAGACAAGUAGUAGACGACCACAACCAUAAGAUAUUAGUCAACGAAUCUGGUAAUCAUGCCCUUAUGAUCACAACCGUUAGUAGAAACGACUCUGGCGUUGUAACUUGUGUUGCUAGAAACAAAACCGGAGAAACUUCCUUCCAAUGUAACCUCAAUGUCAUAGAACGGGAGCAAGUAGUAGCUCCUAAAUUCGUUGAAAGAUUCGCAACCGUCAAUGUCGCCGAGGGAGAACCAGUAAGACUCCAUGCAAGAGCAGUGGGUACUCCAAUCCCACGAAUCACUUGGCAGAAGGACGGUGUACCGCUAGUGAGUAGCCCCGAUGUUAGGAUUGCGAUUGACGGUGGAGCCUCGACUUUGGAUAUUCCAAGGGCCAAAGUAUCUGACGCUGCCUGGUACCAAUGUACCGCUCAAAAUGUAGCUGGCUCCACCGCUACUCGUGCCCGACUAUUCGUCCAAACACCUCAAAGUACUACUCCAGAACCAAGACGCCUACAUCUACCCAGGCCUACGAAAGUCAUCGAACCUGAACCCGAACCUGGCCCAGAAGUAAUUUAUCUUCGUCACGUUGAACGAGCUCGUCCUCAUGCACCACCAGGUGAAGAGGAUCGUGUGUAUCCUCCACCGCAAUUUAUCAUUCCCUUGAGGGACGCCGUUCAAUUUGAGGGAGGUAGAGUACACUUCGAAGCUAGAAUAGAACCUGUUGGAGAUCCAACCAUGCGUGUAGAAUGGUUUUUGAAUGGAAAACCUUUAGCAGCUAGUUCUAGAACUACAUCAAUAUUCCGCUUUGGAUUUAUCGCUUUAGAUAUACUUAGCUUAAUAAUGAACGACAGCGGCGAAUAUGUUUGUCGUGUAACCAGUGCAACGGGAUGCGUAGAAUCCCGCGCCUUGCUUAGCAUUAACCCUAGAACUUCGAUUGAACAAAGUAGUCAGCACCCUGAUAGCUUACAAUAUAUUCAGCACUUAGAGGAUUAUUCUAAAUACCAAAGAACUGACAGUUUAGAAGAACGAACAAACCAAAAGCCUCAUUUCAUCCGUCCACUCCAGGAUCUUGGAGAAUUGCAAGAAGGUCGCAAUGCUCAUUUCGAGGCUCAAUUGACCCCUGUAAGUGAUCCAACGAUGAAAGUGGAGUGGUACAAAGAUGGCCGACCUAUUACCGCCAGUUCACGAAUCACCACCAUCUUCAACUUCGGUUACGUUUCUCUCAACAUCAUGCACCUACGGGCCGAAGAUGCAGGAUCGUAUACUGUGCGGGCUGUAAACCAUUUAGGCGAAGCUAUCAGUACAGCUAAUAUUAGAGUUUACGCAAGAUCUUCAGUUACAGGCGAUUUGGGUAUUCCCGAACAGCAAAAGUACAUUGAAGAAGUCGAAAGACUCGAAGCAUAUCAACAACAGCAAAACCAAAAGUAUAUUUUGGAAUCACCUGAAAGUACUCAGCCACCUGUUUUUAAGACACCUAUUAAGGACCAGAAUGAGAUACGCGAAGGGGGUUUUGCUCACUUUGAAGCUCGUUUAGAACCAGUUGGAGACUCUACCUUAAAAGUCGAAUGGUUCAAAGACAACCGUCCUUUAGAAGCUAGUUCAAGAAUUACUAGCUUCUUCAAUUUUGGCUAUGUAGCACUAACAAUCAAAGACGUUACCAUUCAUGAUGUCGGCCACUACAUUUGCCGUGCGUCUAAUGCUAUGGGACAGGCUACUACCACUGCACAACUCAGUGUAGUCAGUAAAAAAGAUAUUAGCUUUGAUUCACAACACCCAGGUGGUUUGGAGAAGAUCCAACAUCUGGAAGACUCUAGUCGAUAUAACCGAACUUCCAAAGAGGAAGUACAAGUUACACAAAAACCAAGGUUUUUGGGACCAUUAAAAGGAACAAAUAAAAUCGUUGAAGGCCAACGGGGCCACUUUGAAGCUAGAGUGGAACCCCAAAGUGACACUACACUUAAAAUUGAAUGGUACUUCAACGGAAAACCAAUUCAACCAGCUAACAGAAUACAAACAUAUCACGAUUUUGGAUACGUUGCUUUAGAUAUUUUGAGUGUAAGAGAGGAAGAUGGUGGAACCUACACAGUUGUUGCAAGAAAUGCCUUGGGAGAAGCCCAACUUUCAGCAAGCAUGGUUGUAGAAACACGUUCCAGCAUUGACACCAGAAGCAUGCACCGUGGUGCAUACGAUAAAACCAAACACUUAGAGGAAUCCAAAUUUGUCGAACCCCAAUAUCACAUUGAAGAGCUUUGCAAAUCGAAGCCAGUCUUCGUAGUACCUCUUUCUGAUCCACAACCAGUAUCAGAAGGAAAAAAUAUCCAUUUAGAAUGCCGUUUGGAACCUAUGGGUGAUCCUACUAUGAGAGUCGAAUGGUACUGUAACGGAAGACCAGUAACUGUCGGUUCUCGUUUCAGAACAUACAACGAUUUUGGAUUCGUUGCUCUAGAUAUCAUCCACGCUAAUGCUUCGGAUUCCGGAGAAUAUACUGUUCGUGCAGUUAAUCAAUUAGGAUCUGCACAUACAUCAUCGUGCGUUAGAGUAAUUUCUAGAAAUGACAUUAUUACUGAGACUCAACACGAGCAAUCUCUAGAACAAAUUCAACACUUGGAAGACUCUUCACGUUAUCGUAAACACAUAGCUGAAGACGUAACUGUAUUACAAGCUCCCCAAUUUACCAGAUCUCUUCACAAUAUCGAAACCGUAGAAGGUACUAAUGUACAUAUGGAAUGUCGUCUUCAACCUGUUGGAGACCCGACUAUGAGAGUCGAGUGGUUUGUUAACGGAGUACCAGUUAAAACUGGACAUCGUUUCAGACCUGCUUAUGAUUUUGAUUAUGUAGCACUUGAUUUACUUAGUGUCUACCCAGUGGACUCUGGUGUUUAUACUUGCCAAGCAAGGAACCAAUUGGGAGAAGCAGUUACAUCGUGCUCGGUUAAAGUAAUCGCAAAGAAGGACUUAUUGUUCGAAAGCCAGCACCCCGCUGGUCUUGAGAAAAUUCAGUACUUGGAAGAUUCCUCAAGAUACAAGAGAACUGAAUUUGUUGACGAACAAGUUACUGUUAAACCAAAGUUCAUUACAAAACCAAAGAACUUAGAAAGUAUGACAGAGGGCAAACAUGCUCAUUUUGAAUGCAAAAUUGAGCCUGUAACCGAUCCAAAUCUUAAAGUAGAAUGGUAUAAGAAUGGUCGUCCAGUUACAGUCGGACACAGGUUUAGACCAAUUCACGAUUUCGGUUAUGUAGCUCUUGAUAUCGUAGAUUUAAUUUCAGAAGAUUCAGGAACUUACACUUGCCGAGCAACUAAUUUGGUAGGUACCGACGAAGUUAACUGUGCCUUGCGUUGCAGACCAUCCGGCCAAAUCAUCACCUCGACUCAAAACGAAACUGGUCUACAACAAAUACAACAUUUAGAAGACCGAUCUAGAUACCAAAGAAAGGAGCAAGUAGAAGAGUUUACUACUCAAGCUCCAAUAUUUACAACGUCUCUUAAAAGCAUUGACAUUAAGGAAGGCCAAAGGGCUCACUUUGAAUGCAGAUUAAUUCCAGUAUCUGACCCAACUAUGAGAGUAGAAUGGUUCCAUAACGGCAGACCUCUAAAAUCUGGUUCUAGGUUUACCGAAACUAAUAAUUUCGGUUUUGUUGCUCUGGAUAUCCUCUACACUUAUCCAGAAGACUCUGGUACCUAUACAUGCAGAGCCACCAACGCUUUGGGCGAAGCCGUAACAUCAGCCAUUUGCAAUGUACAGACCAAAAAAUCAAUUUAUUUAGAAUCAGUCCAUGAAGGAGCCAUGGAACGCAUCACUGAGCUUGAAGAUUCUUCCAGGUACCAACGAAAGACCGUACAGGAAGAAACAGUUAGCCAAGCUCCUUGCUUUACAAUGCCAAUAAAAGACUUGAGAGUAGCAGAAAAUCAAGCAGCUCACUUUGAAGCCAGACUUAUUCCUGUUGGAGAUCCCCGAUUGAAAGUUGAAUGGCUACGCAAUGGAGUGCCAAUACAAGCCUCUAAUCGCUUGACAACCAUGCACGACUUUGGAUAUGUAGCAUUAAAUAUGAAGUAUGUCAAUCCAGAAGAUUCUAGUACAUAUACCUGCAGAGCAGUCAAUGACUUAGGUGAAGCAGUAACAUCAGCUACAUUGUUUGUUCAAUCUAAAGCAUCCCUUCAGCUUGAAUCCCAACACGAAGGGGCACUUAAUAAACUUAGACAACUAGAAGACUCCAGCAGAUACCAACGUCGUGAAGAAGAAGAAAUAACUAUCACUUCAGCACCUGUAUUCACUACUAAACUCAAUGGACCUGCUGAACUAUUUGAAGGCCAGAGCGCCCAUUACGAAUGUCGUAUUGAACCAUACAUGGAUUCCAACCUUAAAGUUGAAUGGUUCCACAACGGUAAACCACUAACAACUGGUCACAGAUUUAGAACUGCUUACGACUUUGGUUUCGCCAGUCUUGACAUUCUUACUGCCUAUGCUGAAGAUUCUGGUGAAUAUACCUGCAGAGCUACAAACCGACUUGGACAAGCUACAUCGUCCGUUGUAACUACCGUAAAAUCAAAAUCGUCCAUCAUAAGAGACACUCAACAUCAAGGAGCUCUUCAGAAGAUCCAACAUUUGGAAGACGAUUCAAGAUACAAACGUGUAUCACAUGAAGAUGCUAUCGUUUUAGAAAAACCACAAUUUGGAAGAGGACUCAAGACCAUUGAAAAUCUUCCCGAAGGAGCCACAGCUCAUUUGGAAGCCACGCUUACACCAGUUAAUGAUCCAACAAUGAGAGUAGAAUGGUUCUGUAACGGACGGCCCAUUCAAACCGGUCACAGAUUCAAAACAACUUAUGACUUCGGUUAUGUAGCUCUAGACAUUCUCUACGCUUAUGCCGAAGAUACUGGUACAUACAUGUGUAGAGCAAGAAAUGCUGUUGGUGAAGCUGUUACCACAGCUGGUAUUUCGGUGGUAGCUAAAUCUGGAUUAUACUUAGAUACUCUUGAUGAACAACGUCUUUCCAAGAUCAGACAACUUGAAAGUUAUGAAAGACCUAAAAAGGAGGAAAUUGAAGCUGUUCCACAAAAACCAGUUUUCCUUACUCCAUUAGUUAAUUUAGAAAAUCUUAAAGAAGGAGAACACGCUCAUUUAGAAUGCAGAGUAGAACCUGUUAAUGAUCCGAACUUGAAAAUUGAAUGGUACGUCAAUGGUGUUAAAUUACGUGCUGGUCAUAGGUUCAGAACAACUCAUGACUUCGGAUAUGUAGCUCUUGACGUCUUAUAUACUUACGCUGAAGAUAGUGGAACAUACAUGUGCAAAGCUACUAACUUAGUUGGUGAAGCUGUUAACACCUGUACUGUCAAAUGCGGUAGCAGAAAGAGUAUUAUUUUCGAUACUCAACAUCCAGAAGGUCUUGAGAAGAUAAGAGAAUUGGAAGCACAAGGUCAUCAUGCACGUCUUGAAAUUGAAGAACCAGCUCCAACUCCACCUAUGUUUGUUACUGAAUUAAGAGGAACCACCGAAAUUUACGAAGGCCAAACAGCUCACUUUGAAGCGCAGGUUCAGCCUAUCCACGAUCCUAACUUAAGAAUAGAAUUCUAUCACAAUGGCAAGCCAUUACCAUCAGCUUCUAGAUUCCACAUAACAUUCGACUUUGGCUACAUAGCUUUAGACAUUGGACACGCAGUUCCAGAAGAUGCAGGGGAAUACUCCGUAAAAGCUAUUAAUAACUUAGGGCAAUGUGUUUCAUCCAUCAAUCUGAAAGUUAUUGCAAAGAGCAAUAUCAUUCUGGAGUCACAAAGACCUGAAGGAUUAGAUAAAAUAAGACAGCUUGAAGAACAUCAACCUUACAAGCGACCAGAUGUAGAUGAACCUGCUACCAGACAGAGACCUGUAUUUACCCAACCUCUUCAAAACAUUGACUUUAUCAAGGAGGGUCAAACAGCCCACUUUGAGUGCAGAUUAAUUCCUGUUGGAGACCCAACUCUUAAAGUGGAAUGGUUCAGAAAUGAGAAACCUUUGGAAGAUAGCUCUCGUAUUACUAAAAUACACGAUUUUGGUUUCGUGUCUUUGGAUAUUUCCCAUGUAAGAGCCGAAGAUGAAGGCGUUUACAUUUGCAGAGCUACUAAUCCACUUGGAGAAGCUGUUACGACUGCAUCUAUGAAAAUUAGAACUGAAGCCAGCAUCCUAUUGGAUACCCAACACCCUGAAGCUCAGAGAAGAAUUGCUCAGCUUGAACAACCAUUGGCUUCCAGACCAGAUGAGCCUGAUCGUCAAUUUGAAAAACCAAUCUUUACACAACUCCUUACUGGACCAACCGAACUUUGGGAAGGCCAGCAUGCACACUUUGAAGCUAGAGUUGUACCAGUUGGUGAUCCUGAUUUAAAAUUCGAGUGGUACGUUAAUGGAGUAGAACUCAAACUUGGUUCAAGAUUUAAAGUGACCCACGACUUCGGAUUUGUCACAUUAGACAUUAUGUCUACCGUAAAGGAGGAUUCAGGAGUAUAUAUGUGUAAAGCUAUUAACAAAUCAGGAGAAGCUGUUUCUUCUAUAUCUAUGAAAGUUAAGCCCAAAUCCAGUAUUGUUGGUGAGCCAUUACAACCUGAUGCUUGGCAAAAGAUUCAACUCAAAGAAGCUGAAAUGAACAAAGUUCCUCAAAUGUUUGUUGACACUACACCACAACAACCACCAGUUUUUACUACACACUUAAAGAGCUACGAUAAAUUGGUCGAAGGGCAACAUGUUUACCUUGAAGCUCAAGUAGAACCCAGAGCAGAUCCUAAUCUUCGCAUUGAAUGGUUCAAAAAUGGUAUUUCUCUUGCUACUGGUACCAGACUACGUAGUACUUUUGACUUUGGAUUGGUAACUUUAUCUAUCAACGGUUUGAGGGAAGAUGACUCUGCAAUUUAUACUUGCAAAGCAACUAACAAACUUGGAGAAGCAAUAUCCACAUGUUCCCUAAAGAUUGAAGACAGGCAUUGGUUGUUGGGACAAACUCUUCACCCAGAUGCUAUACCUAAACUUGAAGCUCUUGAAAGACCAUCCGAUGUCAAAAAAGAUACUCCCGAACCAGUGUAUGAACUACCCAUAUUUAUUACUCAUCUUAAUAAUGUAGAAUGCAUGGAAGGAGAUAAUGUUCACUUCGAAUGUAAUGUAGAACCAUCUAAAGAUCCCACUCUUAAAAUAGAAUGGUUCGUUAAUGGCAAACCUUUGCCUACUGGUUCCAAAUAUAAGUCAACCUAUGACUUUGGAUAUGUUGCUUUAGAUAUCACAUAUGCUUAUGAGUCAGAUUCUGGAAUAUACACUUGCAAGGCAACCAACAGCAAGGGAUCUGCAACAACUUCUGGAUCAUUACGAUGCAUUGCUAAACAAAACAUAUAUCUAGAUACACAACAUCCUCAAGGUAAAGCUGGCUUAGAGGCCAUCGAAGAUGUAGAAGACGCAAUUGCUGGUAAAUACAGGAGACAAACUUCUGCACCUGAAAAAGAUUACGGUAAACCUGUUUGGAUAAUACCACUCAAUCCCGAAUUCCAUUUAGCAGAAGGACAACCAUUGCAUUUGGAAGGCACCGUAGAACCAAAAGAAGAUCCUAACAUGAAGAUCGAAUGGUUCUUCAACGGAAAAUCUAUUGAUCAUGGUAGCAGAUUCAAAUUUACCCAAGAUUUUGGUUUCGUAACAUUAGAUGUCACUGACGUAUAUGAAAGAGAUCAAGGUAUUUAUACUUGUAAAGCUUCCAACAAAUCUGGAGAAGCUUUUACGUCUACAACAAUUUACUGCACUAGUAAAUCAAAUCUCAUAGAAAGAACGCAACAUCCUAAAGGACAAGAAGGUCUUGAAAAGAUCCAAGAUUUGGAAGAUUCUUUGCACAGACCCGAUCUACCACAAGCAGAAUCUGAUGAAGGACACGCACCUGUGUUUACUUCCGAAUUUACUCCUCUUAAUAAUAUCAAAGAGGGAGAAAUUGCUCACUUUGAAGCUGGUUUGACUCCAGUAGGUGACCAGACUAUGACUGUAGAAUGGUUCUAUAAUGGAAAGACCAUAGAAGCUUCUCAUAGAUUCAGAACAGUACAUGCUUUUGGAAUGGUAGUAUUAGAAAUUUUAGGUACUAAGAUUGAAGAUUCUGGAACUUACACCUGUGUUGCAACCAACAAGUGGGGAAGAGCUGAACAAAGCGUUACUUUAAAUUGCACUGAAAAAACUGGUGGUCAACCACCUAAAUUUACUACUCACAUUAAAGAUAUUGUUGGUCUUAAAGAUGGACAAUCUGCUCAUUUCGAAUGUACUUUAAUACCAGUAAACGACCCAGAUCUUAAAGUUGAAUGGUAUCACAACGGACAACCAAUUUUAGAUAAGAACAGAAUAAAAUCUGUGUCCGAUUUCGGUUUUGUUGUUAUGGAUAUCUCCUAUAUUCAAAAUCACGAUUCAGGAGAAUAUGUCUGCAGAGCUUAUAACAAAUACGGUGAAGACUUUACUAAAGCUACAAUUGCUGCCCACGGAAGAGGUGGAGUAUUUACAGACAGUCUUCAACCAGAAUCUUUAGCUAAGAUUAGAGAAUUAGAAAGCAUGCAAGGUCAACAUGCUCAAGCACCAUCAACUCCUGUUACUGAACCUCCUAAAUUCAUCACACAUAUUCAAGAUGUCACAAAACUUGUUGAAGGCCAGAGCGCUCACUUUGAAGCCCGACUUACACCAGUUACUGAUCCAGACUUGGUAGUCGAAUGGUAUUAUAAUGGUAAAAAGCUACCUCACGGCCAUAGAUACCGCACCUUCCAUGAUUUCGGUAUUGUUAUUCUUGAUAUUCUUUACUGUUAUGAAGAAAACUCAGGAGAAUAUGAAUGCAGAGCUUACAAUAAAUAUGGCCAGGAUUCUACCAAAGCCAAUUUGAAAUGCGUAUCAAAGACGAACUUAAUCCUGGACUCGCAACUCCCGCGGGGCAUGGAAGGUGGUCUAGAGAAAAUACAAACUCUAGAAGACGCUAUGAUACGAACACGAGAUGAAAAGGAAGAUACAAGGGUUGGAAAAGCUCCCGUAUUCACAGUUCCACUAUCAAACAUCGAUAGUCUUAGAGAAGGUGAAAAUUCCCACUUUGAAGCCAGACUUAUACCAACUGAUGAUCCGAAACUCAAAGUUGAAUGGUUCUGGAAUGGCAAACCUCUCAGAACUGGAUCAAGAUUCCGUACCUUCUGCGACUUUGGUUUUGUUAUUCUUGAAAUAUCGCCAGUUUAUCCAGAAGACUCGGGAGAAUACUCUUGCAGGGCCAUUAAUGAAUAUGGUGAGGCUGUUACAACAGCAUCAAUGAAGGUAUCGGGUAAAAGAAGUAUUAUUCUUGAAUCCCAAUUACCUAAAGGUAUGGAGGGAACUAUUGAUAAAAUUGCUGAACUUGAAGGACUUGGUGUUGCUCCAUCUCAACUUACUCCAGACGACGAUACAGGCAGACCUCCAGAAUUCAUCACAUCUCCUUCUGAUUUAGUACUAAAUGAAAAUGGACUUGCUCACUUCGAGUGCAGAUUAAUACCUGUUAAUGACCAAAGUAUGAGGGUUGAAUGGUUCCACAAUGGCAAACCAUUAUGGGCUGGUUCAAGAAUUAAAACAAUCAAUGACUUCGGUUUCGUUAUCUUAGAAGUAUCGGGAGUUUAUCAAAGAGACUCCGGCUUAUACACUUGCAAAGCAACAAACAGACAUGGUGAAGCUACUGUAUCCUGUCAAUUACAGGUUAAAGGCAGACAAGGAAUUAUAAUGGAACCACAAUUGCCUUCGAACUUCCGCACUGGUACCCAAAGCAUUCAAAAACUUGAAGAAAUGCUUCACAAGAAAGAAGAGUUACUUUCUGAAGAAGAACAACCUAAUCCACCCAGAUUCACAGUGGAAGUUAAAGAUAACAUUGAUGUACCAGAAGGUGGACCAAUUCAUUUUGAUUGUAGAGUUGAACCAGUAAAUGAUCCAACGAUGAGAAUUGAUUGGUUCCACAAUGGCAGACCAUUUGCUACAGGUUCCAGAGUCCAUCAAAUUAAUGAUUUUGGUUUUAUUUCCUUGGAUAUUGACUAUUCUUAUUCCAGAGAUGCUGGUGAAUACAUAUGUAGAGCUACUAACAAAUGGGGAACAGCUACUACAAAAGCUACUGUUACUUCAAAGACCAAGAAGAGUAUCGAUACUGAAAGUCAACUUCCUUCUGGUAUGAGCGCCGAGAAACUAAAAGAACUCGAAAAAGGUCCAGUUUCUCAAGCACCCGAAAAAGAAAAGACCUACUCUCCUCCCAAAUUUGUCACACAAAUUGAAUCUUCAACUGUUGAAGAAUCUGAGUCGGUUCAUUUCGAAUGCACCGUUGAACCAAAAGAUGAUCCUAAGCUUAGAAUCGAGUGGUAUAGAAAUGGUAAAUUGUUGCCCUCAGGGCACCGUUACAGAACUGUCUUUGAUCUUGGAUUUGUUUCUCUUGAUAUCUUGUAUGUUUACGCUGAAGAUUCGGGAGAAUAUGUAUGUAGGGCAGUCAAUGAUUACGGAGAAGACUUUACCAAAGCCAGUGUCUCUUGUAAAAAACUUCCUAACAUUAUUCUACAAAACCAAGUGCCAAAAGGAAUGAAAAAGUCUGAAACUCUCAUGCAAAUGGAAGCAGCUAUUAAGAAGUAUACUUCAGAAAUUCAUCUUACAGAAGACGACUUGUAUGAUGUGGAAAAGAGACAACCUCCACGGUUUGUAACCCAAAUUAAAGAUCAAACUGAGUUGGUUGAGAUGCAAACUACUAAAUUUGAAUGUCAGUUAGCUCCUGUUGGUGAUCCGAACAUGAAAGUUGAAUGGUUCCUCAACGGCAAACCUUUACCACAUAAAAAUAGAUUUACACCAAUUUAUGACUUUGGUUACGUGGCUAUGAACUUUGGAUGGGUAUACCCAGAAGACAGCGGCGAAUACUUGUGUAGAGCUACUAAUUUGUACGGCAUGGAUGAAACUAGAGCUGUUAUUAAAACAACUGGCAAACCAGGCAUUAUCUAUGACUCUCAAUUACCCAAAGGAAUGAAGAGUAUCGAAAAGAUUAGAGAACUUGAAGCUGCUUGGCAAGUGGUACCUGAAGAAGCCGCCGAAGAAUCUAAACCACGACAAGCACCAGUGUUUGUCAGUAAACCUGAACCAGUUUCAGUCGAAGAAGGAGAAUGGGCGAGAUUCUGCUGCAGAGUUACAGGCCACCCACGUCCACGUGUCAUGUGGCUUAUCAACGGCCACACUGUUGUCAGUGGCUCCCGCUAUAAACUCACCUACGAUGGAAUGUAUCAUAUGGAUAUACCAAAAACUCGCCAGUACGAUACUGGUAAAGUGGAAGUGAUUGCUCGCAGCUCAGUGGGAGAGGCUAUCGCCGAAACUGAGCUGACAAUUAUUCCAAGACACGAUGACUACAGAGGAGUUCUUAAGAAUUCGCCAAGACCUUGGUACGAUCUAGAACUAACUGAAUACCAAAAAGAACGCGCUGAAACCGAACUCGAACGAGUAUUCGACGAGCGAAACACUGCUCUCAGAGAAGGUGGCGUGAACGUCACUGGCGAACACGUCCAACCCAAAGAAUUCAAAGGUACCGAGACGGAAUGGCAGCGGAACGUGAAAGAUAAGAAAGGACAAGAAUAUUAUGACAAAAUACAGGAACUUGAAAACCAACAGGUCUCCAAAGAGAUCAGACUUCGUGAACAAUCUCAUCAGUACGCUAUACCCGGAGAGAAAAUUGUUAGCAACUCUCUCGCCAGAGGAAUGGCUCAGCAAUAUGAAGAAAAUCUUGACGAAAAACCAAACUAUGACAUCAACUUAGCACCAGUUCCCCGCCUACCAAAAGCGGAACAAGCCAAGCCUGUGCCACACAAAGACCAAGUACGGUUGAGAAAGACCGACAAAGGUCAGGAGUUCAUACAGCACGAAGUAGAUAUCGACUCUAAACAAGGAGCUUAUCCACCAGAUCCAACUGAAACUGGGGUACACGGUAGAGAAAUCCACGUCACUAAACAGAAACAGGUUCAAAAAGAACAAAAGGGCGAUCUGGAAAUUACAAGAAAUAUCACAGCGACUGAAACGACUGACGUUGAACACAAAGCAAAGACCACAGAAAGAGUAGUCCAAGGCCAAGUACUACCAUCUAAUCCUCCAGUCUUUACCAAAAAGAUUAAGCCGGUAAGGGCGUUCGAAAAUGAUUCUGCCAAAUUUGAGGUUGAAUUUGAUGGUGAUCCAUUACCCAAAAUUACAUGGUUCAGGGAAGAUUUCCCCAUUACCAGUUCACCAGAUCUUAAAGUUUAUACCUUCAGUACUAAAUCUAUCCUUCAACUGAGACAAGUAUUUAUGGAAGACUCUGGUGUGUUCAGUGUUGUUGCUGAAAAUAGAGGAGGUACCGCUAAAUGCAGUGCCAACUUGGUAGUACAAGAAAGACGAAGACAUGGUACACGUGGUGCUGUUCCACCUAGCUUCACUGCCACAAUUCAAAGCACCAAAGCAACGUGGGACAACUAGUAAGAUUCGAUGCUAAAAUAGACGGUACCAAACCUAUUGAUGUGUACUGGUUGAAAAACGGAAAGAAAAUUGUGUCUGAUAUAAGAUACAAAACUUUGGAAGAAGACGAAAUCUAUACUCUUCUCAUUAUUGAAGUUGUUCCCGAAGAUACUGGUAAAUAUGAAUGUGUCGCUAUCAAUAAUUCCGGAGAAGCUAGAUGUGAAGCUGAAUGUGUAGUAACUGCACCAUCUGCUGCCCAGAAACCCGCGAAACCCACAACUCCCGGUGCGGAAAAGGCACCUGUCAUUGUAGAACCUCUCAAAGAUCAAACUAUUAAAGAAGGACAGGCUGUCGUGUUCAGAUGUAAGAUUUCAGCUAAACCAACCCCAGUUAUUAAGUGGCAAAAGGCUGAUAAGGUCAUCAAGCCAUCUAAAUACUUCCAAAUGACCAAAGAAGGGGACUUCUGCACAUUAAAGAUCUCAGAGGCUUUCCCGAAGAUGAAGGAGUCUACAAAUGCGUUGCUGAAAAUCCUGCAGGCGCUGUUAGUACUCAAGCUAAGUUGAAGGUUUUUGCACCAGAAACGCAAGAAGUUGCACCGUCACUAACCCCAAUGAAAGACGUUACUGUACCUGAAGGUAGCCCUGCUCAAUUCAAGACUACUAUCUCUGGAAAACCUAAGCCCACCAUCCAAUGGUUGAGGGAGGGAUUCCUUAUUCCAGAAUCACCAGAUUUCCAGAUGAUCCAAGAAGGAAAGAAUGCUAUUCUAUUGAUUUCCUCAACCUACGAAGAAGAUACUGGUGUAUUUACCUGCAGAGCAACUUCAUCAGCCGGUCAAGUUGAACAAUCUGCGAAACUUAUCGUUAAAAGACGAGUUGGAACGUACAGAAAAUCUGCCAAAACCGAUGUUACCGAUCGAGAUGAUCAACAAAUUAUUACUAAAGAUGGCUACACGACAGGAGGACCUGGAGUUACUAACCAGCAAGCUACAUUCGGCUCAAAAGGUGGUCCUCAACAACCACUAGACGCAAACGAACUACCUAUAGGUGAUGAAUCAUUACCUUGGAGACAAAAAGUAAUUCGUAAAACGUACCGAAAAGACUCAACAAGUUUACAAAAAACAUUGGUGGAGCAAAAAACGCAGGCUCAACCUUGGACAGAGGAACAAAUAGUUUUAAAGAAAACCAAAAUAGAAAGAAAAGAAAUUCAACGAGAAAAAUUAGAAGAUGUAUCAUUAAAACCUUUAAUGCAACCCUUUACAGAAACUGACGAUACAUCUCUAUUAUCUCUAUCAGAAAGUGAAAGAGAAAAAAUUAGUCAGCAAGAAGCUUUAGUUAAGAAAGAAUGGCGCAAAGAACGUAGGCCUGAACAACACUUGCAACAACACUUAGAAACUGAAGACACUACAACCCUUUCCUUAAGCGAACACGAAAAAGUUCAAGCCGAUCAAAAGCUCACAGAACGAGACUGGCGGCGUCAAAAACAAACUCUUGAAAAGAAAGUACAUGAAGAAGACACAACUCUAUUAAAAUUAGACGAGCGAACAAUGGAAACAAGUCAACAAGAUACAGCAACCAAAGAUUGGCGCAAACGUAGAGAUAGAGGAGAGGAAAAAAUUAAAGAAGAUUUAAUAAAGGAAACUCAAAAUCUGGAAACUGAAGAGAAAGUUCCACAGGAACCAAUUCCCUGGAAUCAACAAGAAAUUUUAUUAAAGAAAACACCUCGACAACGUAAGGAAGUUCAAAAAGAGACUUUGGAAGAAGUAACCCUUAAACCAUUCAGGAGAGAAUCUGUAACUAGUCAGACAGUUGAAGAAACAACUACUGUCACUACGCAAAGACAACCUGAUAAAGUACACACUGAAGAAUCAAGUCUAUUAAAGUUAACUGACACUGAAAGAAUUGAAGAAACUAGAAAACAAGAAACGAGAGGUUGGCGUAAGCCUAGAGAAGAAACUAAACCAGUGGACAAACAGCUGGUUACUGAAGACACAACUAUCUUAAGAAUAGAUGAAAAUCAGAACGUACUAGAGGUGCAACAGGGUGAAUCUCGUAGUUGGAGGAAACCUAAGGAAGUAAAACCAAGCGAGCAACCAGAAGACGAAAAGCCCAAAGUAGAUGAGCAAAAGCCUGAACCAGUGCCGUGGAAUAAAGAACAAAUCACUCUUAAGAAAACUCAGAUUACUAGAAAAGAACAAACCAAGGAAAGCUUAGAACAGGUAGGUUUAAAACCAACGAGGAAAACAGUACCAGAAGAGCACGUAGAAGACAAACAAAUUUUGACUCUUAAAGACGACGUAGAAGAAAAACAAGUUAAACAACCUGAAACACAACAGUGGAGAAAACCCAAACAACCUGAAGAAAAACCUAUAAUAGAAGACAAAGAUGUACUGACCGUCACAGAAGAAACUAAGCCAGAACAACAAAUUCCAGAAGAGAAACUUAUUCCUUGGAAUAAACAAAAAAUUGAAUUGAAGAAAACUCGAAAGGAGGUCAAGCAUAUACAGGAAGAUAAAGUUGAAGAAGUGCAACUGAAACCAAUUCGAAAGAUUCAUACGGAAGAAGAAGAAAUAAUUACUGAAGAAAUCCAAGAUCAAGACGGCAAGCAGAAAAUAAUUAAAAAGAGUGUAUUAAAGGAUCAAAAAAGUAUAGAAAAAGAUGAAACAAAAACAAUACAAAGUUUAA